AAGAUGGCCGACUCUAAAGAGGCGGAACAGCAAAGUACUUCUGAGUCGGAUCAGGGGGAAUUUCCGGAGUCCGAAGCACCUGGGACCAGUGGGAAUGUUAUGUUCAUUGCAAGCGAUUCGUACGAAAGUUUGAAUUAUGAAAACCUCGCAGAAACACCAUUUCCCAAGUCAGCCUCCGGUCCUAUUCAUUCGAUUGUGCGACAGAAUUCAGAGUCAGACGACCAGGGGGACUCGAAUGAAAUCUCCACCGGUGAAGAAUCGGACCAAACCGAGACCAAAGAUUUAUCCAAUGCAGUGGACAAGCUGAGUGUGGAAGGGAAAGUGGCGGCUGAAGAAGACCAGGUGGAAGAACUGGACCAGGAUGACGUCAACAGCUUGCACUGGAAACACCAGAGGAAACACAUCUUUAUACUCAGCGAGUCAGGAAAGCCAGUCUAUUCCAGGUAUGGCAGUGAAGACAAGCUGGUGACCAUCAUGGGAGUGAUGCAGGCAUUAGUGUCCUUCGUGCAGGACAACAAGGACCAGAUACGCUGCAUGAUCUCCGGGGACCACAAGUUUGUGUUUUUGGUCCGAGACCACCUGUUGAUGGUUGGCGUGACGCGAGGAACGGACUCUACCCAGCAGAUGUUGUUGCAGCUAUCGUACGUUUACAACCAAGUGCUCAGCGUGCUCACCUACAGCACACUCUCCAAAAUAUUCAAACAGCGGAGAAAUUACGAUCUCCGAAGACUUUUAAGUGGUGCUGAGAAAUUUUUUGACAAUUUGUUGAACUUAAUAGACACUGAGUAUGGCUUCUUACUAGGGGCUGUGCGAUGCUUACCCCUGGAUAGUUCAGUUAGGGAAAUAAUUGCUCAAAGUAUAGUGCAACAUGCAAAAGUCAAGGAUCUAGUGUUCGCACUGAUCAUUGCUAACAAUCAGCUGGUAACAUUAGUGAGAAUGAAGAAAUACUACCUCCAUCCCAUGGACCUACAUCUUAUCAUCAACCUCGUCAAUGCCUCCGAGUCUUUCAAAGCUGCCGAGUCCUGGACUCCCAUUUGUCUCCCUAAGUUUGAUAACAGUGGAUUUUUACAAGCCCAUGUGUCUUACCUUGACGACAACAGUCAGACAUGUAUGCUGCUGCUGUCCGUGGAUCGAGACAGCUUCUUCACUCUCUCAGAAUGCAAGAAUAAGAUCAAGGAGAGAUUACUAAAAUAUAACGCUCUACGUGCAAUAGGCGACUCUCUCCGCAAGACUAGCUACAGCAUACAGCAGUGUGGCAUCCAUGACUUACGUCACUUCCUGUACAAGUCCCGCAGCACGGCACAAUACACGAGUCCUGAGCUAGAGGCACCGUAUCUCAACCAAUCAGAGCAGGAGCGUUUGUUUGGUCUAUACCAGUACCUCCAUCAUCGAAUACACACAUCAGGCCGCCCACUAAAAAUACUCUUCCAUGUUGGCAGAUAUGAAACGUUGCUAGGAUGGGUGACACAAGGGUUUGAGCUUUAUGCUGUGUUUGGUCCGCUGGUGACGAAGACGGGGGCGAUACACGCUGUUAACAAGCUGCUACGCUGGAUCAAGAGGGAGGAGGACAGACUCUUCAUCCUUAACUCUGUCUCAUUCUGACCUACAAACAAACAUAAUUCAUCAGACGUGUCAGGCUCAUUCAAAUGUUGUUGGCGAUAGACAAGCAGACAAUAUCGUAACCUCCAAAUCCUAACAAUAACAAUACCAUGUUCAUUAUGUCAGUAUGUGUGAGUUACUGUCUAUAUGAUCAAAGUUAUUUUCCUUCAAAUUAUAAACAGCUUCACUGGCAGUGGUAAGACUUAGAACAAUAUGAAUUAUAUUCGCUGAGCUCCCAUCAUUAAUGAUUUCGUUCAUGAUUAUCAAAGAGGCCAGGUCAAUUGUUUGUCUUGUUUGAUGUUGUUUUUGUUUAUGCCAAGAUGGUUGAGGUGACUACAAAACUACAGACAUAUAUUAGAUUUGAAAUAAUUUUGGUUUCAACGGUUUCAAGGACAGUAUUUUGUAUAUUAAACACAACUUUUGAAAUACUACUAAAAAAAUGAAACAACACCCAAUAUUUUCAUAUAACUAUAGGUAAUUUGUCAUGCCAUGAUAUAUCCUCGUAUGAAAAUAUGGGUGUUCCUUAACUUCCUUUAAGCGCUAUAUCUGUGGUUCAUCAAGGACACCAUCACUAAGUGUGUGUGGCUCUUUCAGUCUGUGUUAUGAAAGUGAAAAGUUAUUUUUGGAGCCAUCUGUCAUAAUUUCAUUUCAUUUUUGACAAAGUUGCAAAACAUCUGUUAUGGAUUUGCUCUUCAUUUUACUAAAACAUGUUUCAAACAUAUCCCAAGAAUUCCUAACUAUAAGUCAUAGGAUUUUUGCUCUGGUUUAUUCCAGUUUCACAAAGUGAUCUUAGCGCUUCGACUGUCGUUAGUCUUUGUUAAAUCUUUACGAUACAUCACAAUCAUGUUGUGGAACGGGGCCCCAUGGUGCUUCUCCGUGGUAAAUGGUGCAAUAGAUAUGAUUAAUUUGAUAAUCAGUGUGGUAGUAGUGGAUAAAUUUCAUGCAUAAUGAUCAUUUGAAAUAGUAAGCCAUUUGAGAAUCAAUGUGAGACAGGCUCUUCUCUCUACUGGAACUAAUACAGUAUAUAUAUGCUUUAUUGAAAACCUAGGCUCAAGGGAGACUACUCUUAGUGGUGUAAUAUUACUUCCUGGUGGCUAUACUAGUGGAAUGAUGCAGGGUAAUGUCAGUCUAGAUCCAUCACCUUCUUCCAUUUUGUAGGCCAUUUUAUGACUGCACCAGUGAACCACAUUAGGGAGCAACCAUUUGAUUUUGGGUGUGUGGGGCAUCAAGCCCCUGUUGUUGAUUCUCUUCUUUUUGGGGGGGAGGGGGGGAUACUCAUGCCUCAUUUUGUAGGCAAGUCAUUUCGUUAUUUUUAUUUAUUUAAAGAAACAAAACAAAAUGAGCACCUGUUUCUGUUGGGAAAAGUAAUUGAGCUCCCAAACAUGAAAAAUAAAUACUGAUCUCAAACCAAAAUCAAAUGGUUGCACCCUCGUUAUUUAAACUUUCGAAUAAAUCACACGAGCAGUUUCUGCACCCAUGUCACUGAAUGAGUGCUGUGCUGUGCUGAAGUGUAAUCUGUGUUGUAGCUUGCAGUGACAGGUGCAAACACAGCACUCAGGCUCCAAUAGUCAAAUCCUGAUGCAGAAACCAAGACCCUAGUCCAGUGCUUAGUAUUUACCCUUACAAAUUUGUAAUAAAUGUACAUUUGUAACUUAAAGUUAACCGACAUGUUCAGCUAGAACUGAUAAGUUAUGCCAUUACAGGGCUCCAGAUCAACUAUGUAUUGCGUAAGUCACCAUUACCCAAUUCAUUUAGUUGCUUGCUUACAAGUAUACAUGAAAAUAAUCAAAAUCCAAUAGUUUAACCAAUCUCUAGUUUCUGAUUGAAUGCAGGAGUCACACGUACGUCAACUCCACUGUAUCCUCCAAGGACAAUCAUGAGAAUAAUGCAUGCAAAAGGCAGUUGAUGAGACAUGUAGGUUGCUGUUGCGAGAUUAUGCAGCCUGUAGCACUUGAGGCAGCACACCAACAGAUCAAAAUUAAAUGUCACCUGCAUGCAAAAAAUAUUUUUUUCAAAUGUCUUCUCGUUGGUUUUAUAAUACCCUGUAGACUGGCCCCUCUGUACCCAAGUACCCAAAGGAACUAUCAAAACUCACUGUGAAUAGUACCUGAGAGUCCGCCAUGAUAUUGCUGGAAUAUUGCUAAAAGCGGCAUAAAACCAUACUCACUCACUCAGUACCUGAGAGUAAAUACUCAAGACCUAAAAUAUUUAUCCGGAGCCCUGUAAUUAUUAAGUUGAUCAUAAUGUUUCUAAGCCCAAUAACAUGAAGUUGUUGGCCUCCAGAACAAGUGUAGAUCAACACAUAAACUGAACAAGGUUAAGAUAUAUGGAUGAAUAGUUUCUUUAUUACAAUAUGGAGCAACGUUUCGAGGUAGGUUCUAACACUGUUAUCAAGUAAGUUGAUAACAGUGUUAGAACUUACACCGAAAUGAGGGGACA